AUGGAUUAUCCACAAAACCCCAUUGAUCCCUGCCUCUCUCUGCCUCAAAACUCCAUCGAAGCUUUAGAUUUGCUCAAAGCUUCAAGUAUUCUACCUCUCUUUGCCAGACUCAGACCAUCUAAGCUUCAGACCUCCAUCGAAGCUUCAGACCAUCGUUUGCUGCUUCAGACCAUCGUUUGUUGGUUCAGAUUUGAUCACUUCUCUCAAUACCCAUUUCGCCUCUCACUCCAAAUCCUCCGCCAUGGAACCACCACCACCAAAAUCCUACUGGCAAUUCAGCAAACAAGACUUUUUCCCAGCACCCUCCUUCCAAAACCUCUCCACAACAAUGCUGGCCUAACUAUAGUUCUUUCUUAUGCCACUUCAGGCCUCUCUGUGUUGCUAUCAGUAUUCUGUUACACUGAAAUUGCUAUGGAAAUACCUGUGGCAGGUGGGUCUUUCUCAUUUCUUCGAAUCGAGUUGAGUGAUUUUCUUGCUUUUAUAGCUACGGGUAAUAUUUUACUAGAGGCCGUUGUUGGUGCUGCUGGGUUAUGGCAUUCAUGGUCUUCUUAUUUUGCUAGAAUGAUAAAAUCUGAUGCGGAUUUCCUUAGAAUUCGAGUGAACUCCUUUGCUGAAGGGUUUAAUUUAUUGGACCCAAUUACGGUUGUGGUUUUAGCGAUUGAUAACACUAUAGCUAUGAGUGGGACACACAGGACAUCUUGCUUGAAUUGGGUUGCAUCUAUUUUCAGUGCUGGGGUCAUAGUUUUCAUUAUAAUUGUUGGUUUUUUGAUUGAUUGCUUAGCUUGA